AUGUUCCGCUCCGCCAUUGUUCGUUCCUUGAAGGCUUCCGCCCCCCGUGUCAUCAAGACCCCGGCUCCCUUCCACAUCCGCAGCUUCCCCAUUGCUGCCCAGGUCCCUCAAUUCACUCCUCGCUUCGCUCAGGGUAUCCGCCUCUACUCCGCCCCUGCCGGUCUUAGCAAGAGCGAGGCCGAGGGCCGGAUAGUCAACCUGCUCAAGAACUUCGACAAGGUCUCCGAUGCCAGCAAGAUUAAUGGCACUUCCCACUUCUCGAACGACCUUGGUCUGGACAGCCUGGACACCGUCGAAGUCGUGAUGGCCAUUGAGGAGGAGUUCAGCAUUGAGAUCCCCGACAAGGAGGCCGACCAGAUCCACAGCGUUGACAAGGCUGUCGAGUACAUCCUGGCCCAGCCCGAUGCCCACUAA